AUGGCGGCGGCCAGAGUCUUCGCGAUCCCGGAACUUCUCGAGAACAUCCUCUUGAGCUGCGAACCGUACCGCUUGUUCAUGAUACGCCGCGUCAACACCGCCUUCUCUGCCUUGAUCGGACGCUCGCUACACAUUCGCCGCUUGAUGUGCCUCGAGCAUGGCUAUGGAAAUCCUUACCAGCUUUCCGGCCGCAUUCACCGCUGUCUACACCAUCAUGCUACAGUGUACCCAUUUCGCAUCGAUUGGAUCACCCGCAUUGGCUCUGCGCUCGACCUUGAGUUCGAGCUUCGGCGCGACUUCAUCGAAGCACACAAGGAAGAUCAAGUCGUCGCGUUACUCAACGAUCCAACAUACUUGGCAGGCUUGGGAUCUUGGACCAGUGUCCGAGUCGGCUUUCCUGGUCAGAAAUUCAGGUUCUUCAUCUCUUGUCAAGGUUUGUUGAUAGCCAGCACCGCAACGAUGUUGCCUGGCGACCCUACUUUUGGCCAUGUCGUCGAGCAAGGAUUCAAGAUCGUGCAGAGGAAAUGGAACGACAUCGCGUUCUGCCAUAAGCAUGAUAAGUACAGAGGCAAAUGGCUUUCGUGA